GCGUGCGCUGGCCCGUGGGUCGGGUGGCUGUCUGGUGCUGACUGACUGACCAACUGAGUUCCAUUAAAAUUGCCUCUCGCGUGUCCCUCCCAUUCAUUGUCUGUCUGCGGAAGCACCAACCAAGCCGACAUAUGUACCGACUGAACUGACACGAACAAAUAAACAGAAGUGUCAGUGAGUGAUGCAUCUCCGUGCAAAACACCACACCCAUGUAGGAUGUGUGUGCAACCAACAUACACAAAAAGACAACUACUUACUGGCAAGGCAAGAUAAUAAGGCAUAUAGCUGCCUUCCGAAAAUCAGACAAUUGAUGGAUGACACAGAUCGCAUCGUAUACCAUCCUCACCCCCACCCCCCAAACCCCGAGCACCACUCGCCAUCAGACCUUUGGCGGCUGUGGGUCAUUGUUGAUGGGGGACUGCGUUCCCGUCUCAGUUGACGUGUCGCCGUUGUUCUCAUCCACUGGGCCCUUCCCCUUCGGCAGCAGAAGCUCGUCAGGCAUCUUGCAGUGACGCUCUCCGUACUCGAAGAGGUAAACCGUCAUGCACAGGAGCCCCAUCAAACAACACACUGUCGACGUCAGCGCCAGGCCACCAAACUGGGAUGGCUGCAACAGCCAUCGCACACACACACACACACAGAGAGAGAGAGAGAGAGAGAGUGGAGGCGGCGAGGUUACCUUCUACAUCUUCGUGUGAGCCUCACUCACUUUGUUCCAGAUUGCGCACGCAAUGGAGAGGAUAAGCGAUUGCGCGGCGAUUAACGACUGCUCUUGGGCAUUGAUGAGUCCCCUCAGCCUCGGUGGUGUGCCCGUCUGCAGAAUCUGGCUCUGUCCAAUGUCGAAGGCAUACAGACCGAGACGCGACAUCACCACACACACGAGAAAACAGAGCCCCAGCCACGACUAACCCGACACACCACACACCCCAUAAGUGAGAACCGCCCCUCGAUGUGGCCCUGUGCGCCAACCUACCCGUAUGGUGGGCAUUGCGGAGAAGAAGAUCAUUGCCACAGUGAGGCUGGUCCCUUCGAUCAGGAGACAGCCCCAUGACGUUUUUGCCACGCCCCACAUGCCAGACACCAAAGGGAACAGCAACGUGCCAGUAACACCUGCCAAACACCCAACACAUACGUACACGUACAAGUAGCCAUCGUGGCAACGGCCAAUAUGUCCAAUUGCCCAUACCCGCGAUCGCCCCAGCGGAUCUGGCGAGGCCGACCUCAUCUUCCGGCAGCCCCUGGCUCCUCAGCCACGCCAGAAACAUCGAUGAUGAACCCAUCACGUUGAAAUACAAAAGAACCACAGCUAUCACGGGCAGCAACAUCUGCACAUUUAAGGGACACCACAGGAAGGGCACAGCACCAUCGAGGGUCCUUGGUGUUUCAUCUAUCUAUCAGGUCUCCUUUGCUAACCGGUGACCUCAGCAGCACCCGACAGUUGUUGCAGAGUCCGAACAGCGGCAGCCUGUGCAUCCACCCCACCAUGAAAAGGCAGCAGUUCCUCGACUGUGGCUCCUCCUCGACGUCGCGGGCUUCAGGAGAGCUUUCACCGUGCGCCUCAACAUCGGCGGACCUACAGUGACACCACACACCAAAACACCAUUCCUGCGCCGUAUUACGACUCUGUCUUCUUGCGUGCUCGUGGAUUCUCUCACCUUUGCAGGAGGUGUUCCUUUUCGGAAUAGACCCACCUGAUGUCACAGCCAGAAGCCAAUACAGUACCAUGCACCGUGCAAUCGUUUUCUCCGUCGGUUACGGCCCACCCACCUGAGCAACAGAUAUUCGAGAAUGAACGAUCCGGCGUUGACACCGACGACGGCCAGGUACGCCACAGACAGGUUCGUGAAGACCAUAACCAGACCUGCCACCACUGGACACCCAAUGUCGUUAAUCUGAAGAGCGAGGGAAGAGCACGUGCUUGUUCACAGGCAGUCACCGAGUCACCGAUUCCGCUCACCAGGUCCAGCCUUUGCAUCCAGCUGUUGAGUCGCGUUAAGCUGGCCUGACGCUCUCGGCCUGGUAGAGACGUGAGUAGAGACAGACAGACACUGUCCCAUCUCUUCAUUCAUGCGGAUGGUCAUUCCCUACCCUCCGUGUAUGCCAGUGCCAUCUGUGGAACCCAGUCGCGACACACGGCUAUGCCACGCACAGUCGCAGCUACCUGCACCACAACAGUCCAGAAAUAAGGACAUAUGCGCCACCGCUCCUUCCGCUGCGUGCCCGUACCUCCAUCAUGGCUGCUCCAGUGAACAGCAGAACCACGGCGCUCCAUAACCUAUCCACCCACACACACGCACGCUCUCAUCAGACAUCCCACUGACGUUGUCGCCACCUCCUCCAUUCCAUACCACAUCUUGACCAGCGGUUCCUUGGCGCAUUCGAGUGCCUCUGCAAUCGACUCUGGUCUGCUGGGUGGCGGGUGGGGGCCGUGAGGUCCGGGCGCGGCGACUGGUCCCUCACGCUGGAAUAGCAGGAAGGAGAAGACAGCGUAGCUCGACAUGACCGUUGCGAGGAUCUCUGCGCCGAUCGAGGCGGUCACGAUGCUCAGCCUGGAAAGAGAGAAAGGCACACAGACAUGCUUCGUCCACGAGAAAGCCCUGUUUCUGUUGUACCUGUUGUGGCGCACAAUUGAAUCGGCGAAGCACGGUGUCAUCAACCUGAAGGCAGGCACACAGAUGGACACCUACUCACUCAGCUCUGUGAGGGUUCUCACUGACAGUUUGCCGAUGUUUUGCGAGAAAGCAUACAAGGCGACAACGAGUAGGCUCCCAGGGAAAAGGGCAUACAACAGCAGGGGGAUGGAAAACAUCCACGUGCGGUCACCGAACCGCGUCAGAAAGUGGGAGAUCAGCAACACAGUCUCUCCGGCCAUUCUCAGAGAUUAAUGAUAUCCUUGGCCCUGCACCGCUGUCAGCGCCGAGGCCAGAUCACCAAGGAAUCAACACACAUAUAGACUUCGUU